GCUCAAAAACAGUGAGUCGUGUUUGUUUUGAUAGUAUUCCAUUCGCAUUGUGUUCGUAGUUUUAAAUCGUUUCUCGACCAGAUUAAUCCCGAAAAAAACAAUGGAAAAGCCACAGAAAAUGCCCAAAGUGGCGAAGGUUAAAAACAAAGCUCCAGCGGAGAUCCAGAUCACCGCCGAGCAGCUGCUCCGUGAGGCGAAAGAACGUGAUUUGGAAAUUUUACCACCACCACCGAAGCAGAAAAUCUCCGAUGCCGCCGAACUGGCCGACUACCAGCAGCGGAAGCGCAAAACGUUCGAGGACAAUUUGCGCAAAAACCGAAUGGUGGUCAGCAACUGGAUCAAGUAUGCACAGUGGGAAGAAUCGCAGAAGGAGAUCCAGCGGGCGCGCUCGAUCUGGGAACGGGCGAUCGAUAACGAGCAUCGCAAUAUUACCAUCUGGUUAAAGUACGCCGAAAUGGAGAUGAAGAACCGGCAGGUGAAUCACGCCCGGAAUUUGUGGGACCGGGCGGUCACCGUGAUGCCAAGGGUUAACCAGUUCUGGUAUAAGUACACGUACAUGGAGGAGAUGCUUGAGAAUGUGGCCGGAGCUAGGCAGGUUUUCGAGCGUUGGAUGGAGUGGCAGCCGGAGGAACAAGCGUGGCAAACUUAUAUCAACUUUGAGUUGCGGUACAAAGAGAUUGACAGAGCGCGACAGAUUUACGAGCGAUUCGUGAUGGUUCAUCCGGAGAUAAAAAAUUGGAUUAAAUACUCUCGGUUUGAAGAGUCUCACGGAUUUAUCAACGGUGCACGAUCGGUUUAUGAGAGGGCGAUUGAGUUCUUCGGAGAUGAUAACGCCGAUGAACGGCUUUUCAUUGCCUUCGCGAGGUUUGAAGAAGGUCAGAAAGAACAUGAUCGAGUUCGCGUCAUCUAUAAGUAUGCUUUGGAACACUUACCCAAAGAUAGAACUCCUGAACUGUACAAAGCGUACACAAUUCACGAAAAGAAAUACGGAGAUCGGUCCGGAAUCGAAGAUGUUAUUGUUUCCAAGCGAAAAUUUCAGUACGAGCAAGAGGUUGCCGAGAAUCCAACGAAUUAUGACGCAUGGUUCGAUUAUCUGCGACUGGUUGAAAAUGAAUCGAACCUGGAACUCAUUCGAGAAACGUACGAAAGGGCCAUUGCCAAUGUGCCGCCUGCGAAGGACAAAAAUCUUUGGAGACGAUAUAUCUAUCUGUGGAUUAAUUACGCUCUGUAUGAGGAGCUGGAAUCAGAGGACAUGGAGAGAACUCGACAAAUCUACAAAACAUGUCUGGAAUUGAUUCCACAUAAAGUGUUCACAUUCAGUAAAAUUUGGUUACUUUACGCUCAGUUUGAAAUUCGCUGCAAAAAUUUGCAAAUCGCCCGUAAAACCCUUGGCAUGGCAAUCGGGAUGUGUCCACGUGAUAAGCUAUUCCGUGGUUACAUUGAUUUGGAAAUUCAGCUGCGAGAAUUCGACCGCUGUCGAAUAUUGUAUGAGAAAUUCUUGGAGUUUGGACCUGAGAAUUGCAUUACCUGGAUGAAGUUUGCAGAACUGGAAUCACUUCUCGGGGAUACGGAUCGUGCCAGAGCUAUCUACGAACUGGCCAUUCAGCAACCUCGCUUGGAUAUGCCAGAACUACUCUGGAAGAGUUACAUCGAUUUUGAGGUGCAACAGGGCGAAUUCGAACUUGCUCGACAGUUGUACGAACGUCUGCUCGAAAGAACGACACAUGUUAAAGUGUGGAUGUCUUAUGCUAAGUUCGAAAUUGCUGCUGAAAAUGAGGAUAACAUAAAUAACGUCCAACUGGCACGACGAGUUUAUGAGCGGGCCAAUAAUUGUUUGAAAAAUGCCGCUGAAAAGGAAACACGCGUUCUUAUUCUCGAAUCGUGGAGAGACUUUGAGAAAGAGAACGGAGACGAGGAAAGCUUGCAAAGUGUUCUUUCAAAGAUGCCACGGAAAGUCAAGAAACGACAGAAAAUCAUUUCCGAGAGUGGCGUGGAGGAAGGCUGGGAAGAGAUUUUCGAUUUCAUUUUCCCCGAAGACGAAAUGGCUAAGCCUAAUUUGAAACUGCUCGCCGCGGCAAAGAACUGGAAGAAACAGAAGGAAAUUCCGCCGGCAGCCGCUGGAGUUUCAGCAGCGACGGAACAUACAGAGAACAAUGAAGGAGCGGGGAAUGCAGCAGAAAGUUAAUAUUGGAAUGGAAUGAACAUGAGUUUCCCAUCAAAGCAAGAUUCAAUCCAUUUCCUCUUAUAAUUUCGGAUCAAAUAAUAAUGAAGCAAACGUUUUGUUCCAACUAAA